AGCGAUCCCGCCAGGUUGUUUUUCACGCGCUUGCGUAAUUGGGUAUUUUUUUUUGUUCUACCGGAAUACUCCUUUUCUCAAUUUUCAGCAUGGCCGAUGUCGAUGAGCCCAAGUUCAAUUCUCUAGCAGAUCGUAUCGCAGCUUUGAAUAAACAAAAGAAUUUCACUAGUCCUCCCACUUCUGCGAAACGACCUCCUCCACCUCCACCUCCCGGCGCUGGUAAGCCUUCAUUCCAGGCUCCAGCGCCAACCGUAAAUAGACCAACCCCACCACCAACCCCUAAUCUACCUGCUCGGCCGCAGAAACCAAACGCACCUAGUCUACCUCGACGGACUAAUACGACUGGAUCUGCUAUUGAAUCACCACCUGCCUUGCUAGGACGCGAUGCGCCACCACCGCUCCCGAACCGCAAGAAUUCCACUCAACCAUCGCCUGCUUUGCCAGUUCGUAGGCCAUCAGCGCAACCGCUACCUAGUAGAAGGGGUUCCAAUUCGUCUGAAGUAUCCCACAUCUCAACCAUCUCGAACCUCUCAUUAAAUCCUGUAUCAUCUCGCACGAGCACGACCUCUACCGAAGCGCAACCUGCGCGAAGAGUACUCGCCCCAAGUUUUGACCAUGCGAAACUUCCACCACUUCCACCAUCAAGAAAGGAGAGGGAGGCGCAGGCAGCUAGGGAGGCCAUAGAAAAUGAGCAUACAGAGGUCGUUAAAGCGCCUCUUCUUUCAGCAAGAUCCGCUCCAGCAGUACCACAAUCGCGACCCGGUCUACCACCAAGGUUACCCUCCAGGUCUAAUAACUCACCGGCGCACUCACAAUACGAUGAAAUACCUCCUGCAAAUCCCCGCCGCCUUCCACCUCCUCCCUCCGCAUUUGUGCGUCCCACUACUACCUUCAAUUCAGACAGAACACCCAGCGCGCCUGGCCGAAGACCUCACGACGAUGCGCCGCCUCCAGUACCAGUUAGUUCACGGCCGACAUUCUCUCAGAUCGAUGCGGUUGCCGUCCGUACAAGCACCAGCUGUCUAAUAUGUCGAGAUUUUUCAGCUCCAGAUAACGUAGCUGCGCAAUAUCCCAACCAUUCUCUCCCAAGGCAUGACCCAGUCGGCUAUUUGGCGAACGUGCUCUGCAGUCCCUUUUCGUCAGCGACUGACAAAGCGAGGGCUAUAUUCACGUGGUGCCAUCACAACGUUGCUUACAACGUAGAAGAAUUUUUUGGGAAAUGUAUCAAGCAUAGAAAUGUAGACGAUACCAUAUUUUAUGGCAAAGCUGUUUGCCAGGGCUAUGCGGAAGUAUACCAAGCUAUUGCUCAGCGUGCCGGGUUGCAAUGCAUCGUAGUCGGUGGCCACGGAAAAGGCUAUGGCUAUAAACCUCUCGCGAGUGGACAGCCGCCCCCGCCGAGAGACCCCUCAGGCCAUGCUUGGAAUGCGGUCUGUAUAGACGAUGGUGAAUGGAAGUUGCUAGACGCUUGUUGGGGUGCUGGCUCGGUUGGCGACGAAAAAUAUCACAAACAGUUCAAGCCUCAGAUGUUUUGCUUAAGCAAUGACUUAUUUGGGCUUAAACAUUUCCCAUCAGACGAACGUUAUUUCUUUAGAGAUGACGGCCGUAUCCCAACGUGGGAAGAAUACAUCGUCGGUCCGGUCAGAGGUGAAAAGGCCGAGUUUUACGGCACAGCAACUGACGAGGGCGUCUCCGAGUUUACAUUUAGCCCUGCUGAGAAACAUGUUUCUGUGUAUAGCAGGGAGGUAGUGCGAUUCCAGUUUUCGAAGGUUUGCGAGCAUUGGAAUCCUGAGCGGCAUGGGAAAGGUAGAAGCUACCUGCUCCUCAUGAAGAUACACGGAUUAGAUGGUAGGAAAGAGGAUUUAGUGCCGUUAGAAACAGACGGGUUCUGGUGGUGGACUGAUAUUCCUGCGAGAGAUUUGGGAGCACCCGGCCAGACCAUUUUCCUGUAUGCACUUACAACCCUUAACAACAAGGAUGCGAGAGGUGUCACUAAAGAAGAGUAUUACCGGGUGAAAAACGGCAAUGGUUAUAGCAUGAGCUGGGCGAUUUUUGCUAAGUGGGAGCUAGUAUAGAAUAACAUUGUAACAUAUCUAGGAUGAAAGGACAAGGUUGAUAGGUGGUAUACCCUAACAUAGACGCUCUUAAAUAUAAUAUGACGUUUCCGUGA